AAAGCUUUGCAAGAAAGCAAUAAUAGUUUCCAUUCAUCCAUUUUCUCUCUUUCUCAACCAAAGGCUGCAAUGACUUCCGCCACCAAAGAAGUAGCCAUAGAGCUUCUUCCUUUGAUUCGGGUCUACAAGGACAGCUCAGUGGAACGCCUCAAAGGCACACCGAUUGUUCCACCAUCACCUGAUCAAGAUCCAGAAACUGGAGUUUCAUCCAAAGACGUAACCAUUUCAGAGGACCCUUCCAUCUCAGCUCGCCUUUACCUUCCAAAACUCACUUCCCACAACCAAAACCAAAAGUUCCCCAUCUUGGUCUUCUUCCAUGGUGGUGGCUUUUGCAUUGAAUCCGUCUUCUCAAGCCUCUACCACUGCUACCUCGGCAACUUAGUCUCCCAAAUCAAUGUAGCCGUUGUCUCGGUUGAGUACAGACUUGCACCAGAGCACCCUCUUCCAGCUGCUUAUGAAGACUGCUGGGCUGCACUUCAAUGGGUUGCCUCUCAAUCAGCUGGUAACGAUAAAGAUCCAUGGUUAACCAAUAGCGGUGACUUUGAAAGAAUUUUUAUAGGGGGUGAUAGUGCUGGUGGCAAUAUAGUACAUAAUAUAGCAAUGAGAGCUGGGGUUGACAGCUUGCCUUGUGGUGUUAAAGUUUUAGGUGCUUAUCUUGUCCAUCCUUAUUUUUGGAGUUCUAAGCCAAUUGGCUCAGAGUCUAAGGAAGUACACGAGAAGAGCUUGCCAAGUUUAGUUUGGAACUUCGUGUAUCCCUCGGUAACUGGGGGUGUUGACAAUCCAAUGAUCAAUCCAGAAGGGCCAGGUGCACCGAACUUGGCUAGGCUUGGGUGUGAUUGGUUGCUUGUGUGUUUGGCUGGGAAGGAUUUAAUAAGGGACAGAGGUGUUUGGUAUGUUGAUAUGGUAAGGAAGAGUGGGUGGAAAGGCGAAAUAGAAUUGUUUGAAGUGGAGGGUGAAGACCAUGUUUUCCAUAUCUUCAAUAUUGAGACUGAGAAUGCUAAGGCAAUGGCCAAACGCAUGGCUUCUUUUAUCUUCCAUGAUAUUUUCAAAAAUGCUGCAAUGACUUCCGCCACCAAAGAAGUAGCCAUAGAGCUUCUUCCUUUGAUCCGGGUCUACAAGGACGGCUCAGUGGAACGCCUCGAAGGCACACCGAUUGUUCCACCGUCACCUGAUCAAGAUCCAGAAACUGGAGUUUCAUCCAAAGACGUAACCAUUUCAGAGGACCCUUCCAUCUCAGCUCGUCUUUACCUUCCAAAACUCACUUCCCACAACCAAAACCAAAAGUUCCCCAUCUUGGUCUUCUUCCAUGGCGGUGGCUUUUGCAUUGAAUCCGCCUUCUCAAGCCUCUACCACUGCUACCUCGGCAACUUAGUCUCCCAAAUCAAUGUAGCCGUUGUCUCGGUUGAGUACAGACUUGCACCAGAGCACCCUCUUCCAGCUGCUUAUGAAGACUGCUGGGCUGCACUUCAAUGGGUUGCCUCUCAAUCAGCUGGUAACGAUAAAGAUCCAUGGUUAACCAAUAGCGGUGACUUUGAAAGAAUUUUUAUAGGGGGUGAUAGUGCUGGUGGCAAUAUAGUACAUAAUAUAGCUAUGAGAGCUGGGGUUGAGAGCUUGCCUUGUGGUGUUAAAGUUUUAGGUGCUUAUCUUGUCCAUCCUUAUUUUUGGAGUUCUAAGCCAAUUGGCUCAGAGUCUAAGGAAGUACACGAGAAGAGCUUGCCAAGUUUAGUUUGGAACUUUGUGUAUCCCUCAGUAACUGGUGGUGUUGACAAUCCAAUGAUCAAUCCAGAAGGGCCAGGUGCACCGAGCUUGGCUGGGCUUGGGUGUGAUCGGUUGCUUGUGUGUGUGGCUGGGAAGGAUUUGUUAAGGGAUAGAGGUGUUUGGUAUGUUGAUAUGGUGAGGAAGAGUGGGUGGAAAGGCGAAAUAGAAUUGUUUGAAGUAGAGGGUGAAGACCAUGUUUUCCAUAUCUUCAAUAUUGAGACUGAGAAUGCUAAGGCUAUGGCCAAACGCUUGGCUUCUUUUAUCUUCAAGUAAAAAAAAAAAAAAGAAACUUUGGUACAUUAGAAGGAAUGCUGCUUGGGACUAUAACAGCAAGCAAUAAUAAUCAUAAUGGUAGUAGAUACUUCAUCAUGAUAUGUACCACUUGCUUCCUUUCAUUGUUGUAGUUUAACUUAUGCUGUUUGAUUGUGAUCAAUGAGGCAAAUUUCUUCAAUCAAAGAUGGCUUGUGGUGAA